AUGUCAGGAAAAAAUCAAACCAUCAUCUCUGAGUUCAUCCUCCUGGGCCUGCCCAUUGAUCCAGAGCAGCGAAUCCUGUUCUAUGGCCUGUUCCUGGCCAUGUACGUUACCACCGUCCUGGGCAACCUCGUCAUCAUAGUCCUCAUUCGGCUGGACUCCCAUUUCCACACACCCAUGUAUUUGUUUCUCAGCAAGUUGUCCUUCUCUGACCUCUGCUUCUCCUCAGUCACAAUGCCCAAAUUGCUGCAGAACAUGCAGAGCCAAGUCUCAUCCAUCCCCUACACAAGCUGCCUGGCCCAGAUAUACUUCUUCCUGUUUUUUGGUGACCUGGAGAACUUCCUCCUUGUGGCCAUGGCCUAUGACCGCUAUGUGGCCAUCUGCUUCCCCUUGCACUACACCACCAUCAUGAGCCCCCAGUUCUGUCUCUCCCUGGUGGCACUGUCCUGGGUGCUGACCACGUUCCAUGCCAUGCUGCACACCCUGCUCACUGCCAGGUUGUGUUUUUGUGCAGACAACUUGAUCCCCCAUUUUUUCUGUGAUAUGUCUGCUCUACUGAAGCUGGCCUGCUCUGACACUCAGGUUAAUGAGUUGGUGAUAUUUGUCACAGGGCGAUUCGUUGUCGUCAUCCCUUUCAUACUCAUAAUUAUAUCCUAUGUAAGAAUCAUCUCCUCCAUCCUCAAGGUCCCUUCUGCCAGGGGCAUCCAUAAGGCUUUUUCCACAUGUGGCUCCCACCUCUCCGUGGUGUCACUGUUCUAUGGGUCUGUUAUUGGUCUCUACUUAUGCCCAUCAGCUAAUAAUUCUACUGUGAAGGAGAUCGUCAUGGCUAUGAUGUACACUGUGGUGACCCCCAUGCUGAACCCCUUCAUCUACAGCCUGAGGAACAGAGACAUAAAGGGAGCCCUGGGAAGAGCCUUUCAUAAAAAGACAUUUCCCUCCCCUCUAUGA